UCUGUUACAAGGACGGGACAUGCACGGCAUCUAAUAGUCUUCGCCAUGCGCUCGAUGUUAGUAUCUGCACUUAUUUGUGUUUUUCACGUGAAUGUUGUCUUAAGCCACGCUGUGUUUACAAAUGUGGCAUAUUCAAAACCAGUGACUUUAAGUUCUGUUUAUUCCGGUGUUCAUGGUUAUUUUCCGGGACCUAACGCUGUAAAUGGACUCUUGUCUGACUUUGUCCAUACGUUUAAUGAGAAAUCACCUUGGCUCAGGAUAGAUCUAGGGGCAAGUUUUCAAAUCCAUGAAAUAGAAAUGUUUGCCAGAUCUGACUGUUGUGGUGAUCAGCUUCACGAUGUUGAUUUUACAGUUGGAGAGAACAUUCAUGACAUGCAUUUCUGCGGACAUUUUACUGGGCGCGCUUCAACCGGUCAGCGGAUUACAGUGUUUUGUCCACAUAACACCGUGGGACGUUAUGUACAAUUACAGACCGUCAACGGAAAUUCAAACGUCUUGACUCCUGCAGAAGUUCUUGUCUGGGGUGUUCGUGAAAUACAUUAAAGUAACUCUGCGAUUUAUUAUUUGGUUCAUGUUAAAAAAAGAAAAAUAACAUUCAAGUCGUUUCGUUCUAUUUUCAAAAUGUCUGAUAUUGAAAAUAUGUAUACUGUAUUUUAACUGGAGUAAAGUGGUUAUUUCAA